CGCAAGGCAAAAUCGGUGUGCUGUACAAAGCUUCUACAAUUUUGCUUUAGGUCGUUGUCAUCAACACCUCGGUUCAAUUCAGUUCUCUCGCCGACUUAAUAUUGAAUUGACAACGAUCAAUAGAAACGGGUCAAUGCAAUGCGUUUGGCACAUUUGCACAUCCCUCGUCUGAUCUCCUAUGGCCAUUCAUUGGCGUUGCAGAAUGCCUUGCUCCAGCGGCAAUUCAACUACAAGGAUACCAUCCGUGCCCACAACCCGGUCAACUCAUCAUCAUCAUCAUCAUCAUCAUCAUCACCGCCUGAUCCGACACUGUUGACAUUCUCCACCGACCCGACGUACACGGUCGGUCGGCGCCACCUUCUCGCAAACCCCAUCUCCCAAUCCCAGCAGGACUUUUUGACCGCCGACGGUCUGGCGAACUUCCGUGCCUCUCCGAGAGGUGGACUGUUGACGUAUCAUGCCCCGGGACAAUUGACGGGUUAUGUCGUUGCGGAUCUCCGCCGGCACGGAAUCACGGCCCGAUGUUGGGUGAAGAUGUUGGAAGAGAGUGUCAUGCGAACUUGUGGAACCUGGGAGGUUCAAACGAUGAGGACUGAUGACCCGGGGGUUUGGAUCAAGGAUGACGAGAAAGACCAGGAUGAGCGGCCGAACUCGAAAUUGACCAAAAACUCAAAAGACCGCAAGAUAUGUGCCAUUGGCGUACAAGUCUCGCGAGGCAUCACGUCACACGGUGUCGGCCUCAACGUGUUUGACGCACCUUUUCCACCUUCGUUGAAGGAUGGCUACAAAUUCACGGAAGCCCAAAAACAAUCUCAAAGUUACGACCAACGCAGCAAGGGGUAUCUCUCAUGGGGUUUCAGUAGAAUCGUCGCGUGUGGGUUGGAAGGGAAAUCGGUGACAUGGCUUGCACGUGAAGGUGGUGGUCAAGACGCUUCACAGCCCCCGACGCUUAUUGAAGACGUGGCGGAUGUUUUCGCACGAGAGGUCAUGCUUGGAAUCAACAAGAUGAAGGGUCAAGAGAAGGAGGCCGUGAAGGAAGUCUAUCGGAUCGAUGAGAGUGACCUUCUUCCUGCUACGGGAGAUUGAGUUGAGCGAGGGAGAGAGUGAGAGAAAAAAGUCACCCUGGGGGAAGGGAGAUGGGCAACCACCAUCACCAACACCACCACCAGCUGGUCAUCCUUUCUUUUUCCAAUUCCAUGCAAGUCAGCAAGCCAGCCAGCAAGCCCACUAGGG